UCACCCAAACCACAAACACAACGACAUUCCCCUAAUUAAAAAGCAGCCAAUCGGAACCGCCGGAAGGAAGCCGCGCUCCCGAAUCUCGCAGUCGGAGCGCGUCAAUCACUCAGCAGGUAGCCAAUCAGCGGGAGCUGCUGGCUGAACUUCCUCCUUUUUUUGUGGUGUGCGGGGAGAGCGCGGCACGGCGGCCGAGGUAAACACUGGCUAUGUGAGAAGGGAGCUGUCAAACAGCAGCUUUACCAAGUCCCACCACCAGCAUCCCAUUACACAACAACAAAACUCUCAGCAACAACAAAAAAGAGAACGAAAGCAAAAAAAAAAGAGAGGGAUUUAAAAAAAAAACACUUUUAUUUCUAUUUAUUUCUGGCAAUCAAACAACUGCUACAAAAAAAAAGACAAGCGAGGGGGAAAGCCAAGCGAUGGCGACAGCGGCGUCCAAUCCCUACAUGCCGAGCAAUAGCAUCCUGUCGUCCAACUCUAUCGUGCACAGCGACUCAGGCGGUAUGCAGCAGGCGACCACGUACCGGGAUCCCUCGAAAAUGGUGCAAAGCGAUUUCAUGCAGGGGGCCAUCACCAGCAACGGCCACAUGCUCAGCCAUGCACACCAGUGGGUGACGGCGCUGCCGCACACCGAUGCCGGCUCGCCCUGGUCCUCGGCCAUGUCCGGCAGCCCCUUGGGUCAACAGCAGCAGCAGCAGCAGCAACAACAGCAACAACAACAGCAGCAACAGGACGUGAAGCCGUCGGUGCAGGUCGUGGGCCGGGACGAGCUGCACACGGGAGCCGCUCCACUGCACCACCACCGCCCGCCUCACUUGCCGCCGCACCAGCCGUCUCACGGCGGCCACCCGACUGCCUGGGGGACGACGACUACGGCUCACCUGCCUUCCAUGGGCUCGGCCGUUCAGCCUCUGAUCUACUCGCAACCCGGUGGGUUCACCGUUAACGGCAUGCUGAGUCAAGCGGGAGGACAGAGCCUGCACCCUGGGCUGAGGGACACGCCGGAGCUGGUGGACCAUGGGCAGCAGCACCACAGCCACGACCACUCCGACGAGGACACACCGACCUCGGACGACCUGGAGCAGUUCGCCAAGCAGUUCAAGCAGAGGAGGAUCAAGCUGGGCUUCACUCAGGCCGACGUCGGUUUGGCGCUGGGGACCCUCUAUGGCAACGUCUUCUCGCAGACCACGAUCUGCCGGUUCGAAGCGCUGCAGCUGAGCUUUAAGAACAUGUGCAAACUCAAACCUCUGCUGAACAAGUGGCUGGAAGAAGCCGACUCUUCAACCGGUAGCCCCACAAGCAUCGACAAGAUAGCGGCUCAGGGCAGGAAGAGAAAGAAGCGCACCUCCAUCGAGGUCAGUGUCAAGGGAGCUUUGGAGAGCCACUUCCUGAAAUGCCCCAAGCCCUCGGCGCAGGAGAUCUCAAGCCUGGCAGACAGCCUGCAGUUGGAAAAAGAAGUUGUCCGGGUUUGGUUCUGCAAUCGGAGGCAGAAAGAGAAACGCAUGACGCCGCCGGGAGGAGUGCAGCAGACGGACGAUGUGUACUCACAGGUCGGCAAUGUAAACGCCGACACACCGCCCUCUACCAUGGACUACAAACCGCCGUUCAGUGAAAGCAAAACACUAAAAAUAGACUGUUUAGACUGGAUUUUUUAAAAAAAUUAUGGAACAGAACGAAAUCAACAAGAUGAGGACUAUCGCAAUGAUAGCAGGUUUUCUACUGUGAUUGUGAGGCUGGCGAUUGCAUAGAAUGAGUGCAUUAAAACUGCAGGUGUCUUUUUUUAAUAUGAAAAAUCUGAACCCUCUUGGCUUGUGGUGAUCGACAGGUGGACCCCUCCCUACUCCCAUGCCCCCAGAUACUUCCAGAUAAGUGUGAAUUCAUUUCCCUGCUGUUUCAGAAGGACUGGUUUAUAAAAUAAUUUUAGAUUUGGUCCAGUGAGAUCGGCCGUGGUCGCUGGUUAACUGUAAGGUGCCUGGUAUACUUCCAGCGGCUUGUUUUUCUUGGUUUUGUCAGGUGCAUCGGUAAAAUGGAAAGAACGAAAAUCUUUCAUUCUGUUGUUUGUAAUAGAGAAACUCUUCUUAAUGUAAAUCACGGCAUCUGAGAAAGAAAAGGAGAUAAUCUGUACUGACUAUAUAGAAAGGAAGACCGGUAAAAGAGGGCCUUUAAAACGCAAAACUUCCGAACAACAUAAACCUGCAAGGCAGGGAAAAUUUCAAGAUAAAAUAAUUGAAAGGGUUGAUCCAAAAAUAAUGACAGAUGGAACUUUCAGCGGCGAGGCUUGUUGGAAAAGACAAGACAAAGGACUGGGGGAUUUGGGCGAGAAAUCGUCCCAGAUGUGGCUUUGAUGAUUGGUUCAUUAUGUUGUAUUCGACCUCAUCCCCACCCCCUUCCCAACACCAUCCCCCAAAAAACCUUCGCCCCAAUGUUUUCUAAUUUCACCUCCAGCCGAAUGGAGUAGAAACAUUUUUUAUUAAAAAGAAAAAGAGAAAAAAAACCACUUCAGCAUCUGCAGCUGCACUUAUUGAAGUUAUCCUCUUCUAAAACCAUUGCCAAGUUGAAUGAAUGGGUGCUGUGGAUGCGACUGUAUAAAACUGCCAUUUCCAAGCAGUGUUCUUGGUAGGUUUCAAUAUAGACUUUACAAAGACGGCAAUAUAGAGUCAGUAGAUCAGUUACUGAUCUAAAAAUAUUUACUUUAUAUUUUCAUCAAAAUUGACUUCUUUUAAUAUUUUAUUCAGAAUACCUAUGAACUGCUGCAAAACGGUAAUUUAUUUUUCCCCAGAUCUUGUAUUAGAUGUUUUCAAAACGAGCACAAAUAAAUGCGAUGAAAAAUGGACAGUUGUUAGGUAAUAAGGGUAUCUUUUGAUGUGAUAAUUUGAUUGUAAUUUAAUUUGAGUAGUGAUUCCGUAAGAGAUGAUUCGAGAAAUAAAUUUGUUAGAGUCAAACGAUUUUAUGGCUCAUGUGUCUGGUGUACAAUAACAGUGGGAUUCUGUUGAAGAAAAGUGUUAGUCCAGAAUAAAUAGUUAAUUUAUUUAUGAACCAUAAAUUCAAUGGGAUAUGAUUCAUUUCGGCUUUGAUAUUUAAUACAGUUUUAGUUUUAAACAGUACGCAUUUUAUUUUAUUUUGAAAGGAUAGUUUGCGUUAAAAUAAGUUAUGAUUUUCUAAAUGAAAUUUAAUUAGAGUAUUUUCCAUGUUAUCAUACACAGAUAGGCUUUUAAUCACGCUUAAGUCAUCUGAUGAGUUUGGAUGAUUGCCCUGUACCUGUUUUGCGUAUUUUAAGGAAUUUCCGAAACGGAAAACAUAACAAGCCUCACCGGCUGCUGUAUUGAGUUGUGUAUUUUUCUGCGCCAUUGGUUCGUUCUUUUUAAAAACCAAAACAAAUAGCGUUGUCAAAAAUAUUGGACGUUGAUCGGUCGGUUUAAAUAUGGAGUAAUUUAUUCGAAAUAAACAUAUUAGAACUGUUUAGGUUGAGUGGUAAAUGAAAUUUGAAAAAGAAGUUCAUCUGCAGGUCACAGUUGCAUUGAAUGGUUGUGUGUAUAGAGUUUACUGGUUUACUCUCUAUUUCAAAAGCAGGAUCCAAUAGAACAAGGGCGUCUGGUUAUACGUAAUUAAAGGCGUUUUUCCCUAAAAGAAAUCUAGUACAGCUCUAAAGGUAAACCACAUAUCAUAUGGAGGGAAUAUAUUAAAAUAAAAUUAUAGACUAUCAUGAAAUCCUUUCAUGG